CUGUCGUCUUGUUAUGUAUGUGUUAUCGAAGAAAUGUCAAGUUUAUUAUUAUGUGUUGAAAGCGAUUGAAGACUUCAACAUAAACUUAUCAUUGCCCUAGAAAUCAGUUGAUAUGAUCAAAGGUGCAUGUAAGCUUAUAUCGGUUCUAUUCAAACGAAGAUCAAAUAUACAACAACAAGUACGAACGGCAAAUUUUCCGAAAUAUUCCACUAACCAAAAGGACUUUCUGCGUAGUAGAUUAGCUAUUAACGAAACUGCUCGAAAUAUGGCAUCAUCAUCGUCACAUACCAAUCGUUUAGCAUUGGAGAAAUCACCGUAUCUUCUGCAACAUGCCCACAAUCCAGUUGACUGGUACCCGUGGUCAGAGGAAGCGUUUCAACGGGCUAGAGAUGAAAAUAAAAUGAUUUUCUUGUCGGUCGGUUACUCAACAUGUCACUGGUGUCAUGUUAUGGAAAAGGAGUCGUUUGAGAAUGAAGAAACCGCCAAAAUAAUGAACGAACAUUUUAUCAACGUCAAGGUGGAUCGAGAAGAAAGACCAGACAUCGACAAAAUUUAUAUGAGUUUCCUUUUGAUGAUCAAAGGAUCUGGUGGUUGGCCUAUGUCUGUAUGGUUAACUCCUGAUCUGGCACCGAUUACGGCAGGAACAUAUUUUCCCCAGACGGAUCGUUGGGGAAUGCCAGGUUUUCGCACUGUUUUAAUGAAAAUUCACAACCAAUGGAAGGAAAACAAGAAUACGUUGGGCACAACUGGGAAAAACGUUAUCGAGGCCAUGCAAAAGAGUGUGUCAGAAAAUGAGGGCGGCUCCGAUAUAAUUUCUGUAGAAGCAAAGUUUAACCAAGCCGUAAACAUUUACAAGAGGAACAUCGACGACGACUGGGGUGGCUUCGGAUCAGCUCCCAAAUUUCCGGAAGUUUCCAAAUUGAAUUUAAUAUUUCAUGCUCACGUUCAACAACCGACCACUAAGGUUUUGCCACUUGUCUUGCACACGUUAAAGAAAAUCGGAGAGGGUGGCAUUCACGAUCAUGUCUUUGGUGGAUUUGCUCGGUACUCAGUCGACAGGAAAUGGCAUGUUCCACAUUUUGAAAAAAUGCUGUACGAUCAAGGGCAGUUGCUGAUGGCAUACGUAAAUGCAUUAAAAAUGACAAAAGAUGAACGAUAUUUAGAUGUGGCCGACAAUUUAUUCAACUAUAUCUGCAAAGAUUUGCGUCAUCCAUCAGGCGGCUUUUUCAGUGGGGAAGAUGCAGACUCAUACCCAAAUGAAGGAGAUGAUGAAAAAAUUGAAGGUGCCUUUUAUGCAUGGGAUUGGACUGAGAUAAGUGAUCUCUUUGAAGAGAAUUCGUCAGAAUUUUCGAUUAAAAAUCCAUUCGACGUGUACUCAUACUUUUAUGGCAUCAAAGAAGAGGGCAAUGUUGAACCGGCUAGUGAUCCACAUGGACAUUUAUUAGCCAAAAAUAUUUUAAUGGUUCGUACAACGCAUGAAGCCACUUCUACCAUGUUUGGGAUCAGUGUCGAUGAAAUUAAGAAAAAUCUACGAAAGGGCAAUGAAUUGUUACGCAGCGUUCGGGAAAAGCGUCCGCGACCUCAGUUGGAUACUAAGGUUUUAACUGCCUGGAACGGGUUAAUGCUGUCCGGCUUGGCAAAAUUAGCAUGUGUCAAAGAUGCACCGAAUCGAUCGGAAUAUUUGAAGAUCAGCAAGCAGUUAGUGGAGUUUCUGAAGAAAUACAACUUUGACGAGAAGUCCAAGACACUGUUCAGAUCAUGCUAUGGUGAGGGAACGGAUAGUGAAGUAGCAAGUUUCCCCACGCAACCGAUAUCUGGUUUUCUCAACGAUUACGCUUUUCUCAUCAAGGGUCUGCUUGAUUAUUACUUAGCCUCUAUGGACUCGUCAGUGCUUCUCUGGGCCAAGGAGUUGCAAGCGACACAAGACAAAUUGUUUUGGGAUACAAAUAACCACGGAUAUUUUUACUCGAAGGCUGAUUCUGCCGAUGUAAUCGUACGACUUAAGGACGAUCAUGACGGUGCCGAACCAUGCGGAAACUCUGUAGCAGCUUCAAACUUGUUACUGCUUCACGAAUAUUUUGACGAUGAAUCGUAUAAGGCGACCGCCCAGAAACUAUUUCACUUCUUCAACAAAACGAGUCCAUUUGGCUAUGCUUUACCGGAAAUGAUGUCGGCAUUGCUGCUAUAUGAUAGUGGAUUGACAAGCAUAACUGUUGUUGGUCCCGAUACAGCGGAAACUAAGAAAAUGCUGGAUGUCGCCAGAGAUUUUUACAUACCGGGACUAGUUCUGAUACACUCGGUUCCUGGAAGUGAUCAACCAAUGACCAAACAGUCUGCCAGUCAAUAUCAAAUGGUUGACGAUAGAGCCACAGCAUAUCUGUGUCAUGAUGGAACAUGUGAACCUCCAAUCACUUUAGCAGAAAAGUUGAACGAGAGUCUGGCAAAGAAAUAUUUGUUCAAGUGAUUGAAAUCGAGUGAUUUUCCGCAUCUUGUGAUGUAUGGUGUGUAGAGGAUAAUUGAAAUUUUAUUAAACGGCUAAAUUUGCAAUA